UUCCUCUCAGUGCUCCUCUGCCAUCUAGUGGCCGUAACAGUGAACUGCACCGAAAUGUGCAUCUACUUUGUUUUUUCAAAUACUUAACAAGUUUUAAACGGUUUAAACUUUUAAUAGAGCACAAUAGUGGCUAAACGACGGCGAGGUUCUUUAAUUUAAUGUGCUUUCACCACCGCUUUGUGUGCAAUUCAGACGAAAUGGGCGUCACAUCUUGAGCCUCCAAGCUACCAGCCGGACCAGUGUGCACUUUGACCCAGAGGAUAUCCUGUGCCUGCUCAGCAGUUGCAGCGAGAGCGCACUAAAGCCAACAUAAGGCAGAAGAUCUUUUUACAGCUCUAUGCACUUUUUUUUAUCGAGAUUAAGGGAGAUAUAAGCAUUCUGGAAAUCUGAUUAAAGACAGACUGGAAACAUUCACCCACAAGCUCAACAAUGAUGGAAGAGGUCAAAGAAGUGACAUCUAUUCUGAGUGUCCACGGUCAGAACGUCAAGGUUACAGAGGUGCUGAAAGACGGGGACACGCUCACCUUCCUAAUUGUGUCUCAGAAGCUGUCUGGGACGGGGGAGUACCAUGUGGACCGGACCUAUGAUGAUUUUGAGUGGCUGCAGCAGCACCUUUUCUCUCAGGACGAUGAGCCCGGGAUCCAGGGAGUCAUAUUUCCUCCUCUUCCUGCAAAGGCUCAGGUGAAUGCGUCUGCCAAGGUUGUGAAACAGCUUGGCUUCCUUGCUUUAGGAGAGUGGCAGCCGUACUGUAAAGCCCUGGAAAUCUUCCUCCGGCAGAUUGCUACACACAGCAUUCUCAGCAGAAAUAAAGCUGUGGAGAUUUUCCUGACGAGCUCAGAACCUCCAGGCAGACAGAGAGUGAGGAAAAACAUUUUCAACCGCCUGAGCCAAGCUGUGGAAGGGAUGAGGAAAGAAGGCCAUAAGGAUGUGGAUGAGUUCUUUCAGACUGAACGUGAUCAUAACCUCGUUCUAACUGGCUACACCAAGACUGCAGCUGAGAGAUUCCUGGAUGUGGUGCUAACUGAGCAAAAAAUAGCAGUGGCCUGUGGGCACUUCUCGGCUGCUCUGCGUCUGUGUGUGGAAGCAGGGGAGGAUCCUGACAAACAGGCUUUCUCUAAGGCUUGUGUGAAAUUAUCAGAGCUCUUUGAAUCUAUGAAGAAAAAUAUAACAAGUGUGGCUGAGAACAACGUGAACACUCUUGGGCUGGGCCUGGACCUGGAGUCACGCUACCAGGAGGCUGAAAAGGAAAUGCUCUUCAGGAGAACAUGUAAACUAGUGGAGUUAGAGACUGCCAGACGGAACGCAGAGAGGGCCAAACCUGUGAAGAAGGCAGCUAUGGAGGAGGUGAAGAAAGCCACAGAGACAGAGUUUAAGCACAUUUGUGGAGUGGCUAAACAGGAGAUUUCACGUUUCCAAGGUGCGCGUGUGGAGAUGCUGCAGCAGGCUCUGGUUCAGUGGUGUGAAAAGCAGCUCCUCACGGCCAGACAGAACGCUGACCAGUUCAACCAGCACCUGCAGGUCUUCAGAGGGAUGGCCUAGUGGCCUCACACUUAAUGAAGCGUCCUCAGUAUGUCUAAACAUAGCAUGGUGUAACCCAAACAUGUCCUUCACCCUGUGGUGCUGCAGUCUGACACUUCACUGGAUUCGAUCACAUGCAGUGUAAAUAAAGAAAUGUAAGUAAAAGAGAAAUCAAACGGCCAAGCUAUAAUUUGUGCGCGCGCACACACACAUACACACACACACACACACUUUAGAUUUCUUGGCUUUGGACUUGUAGUCUCUAUGUGUGAGCGUGUAUGUGUUCUAUACUCCACUAAUACAUUUGUGCUGAGAGUGUAUUGUACUGCUCUCUCGCCACUACAUCAGCCGGGGUCACACAGAAUAAAGUGUGAUGAAUUGA